AUGGAUUCCAGUAAUGUGACAGCAGGAGACAGAAACUGCAUAAAUUUCAACAGUGUGUUCACACAGCAGGUUUUGCCUUUAUUCUACGCCAUCAUCUGUGUUUGUGCGUUUAUACUCAAUGGAUUUGCCGCUUGGAUCUUCUUCAGAGUUCCAAGCUCCUCAGUCUUGGUGGUUUACCUAAAAAACAUGGUGGUGGCUGACAUGCUGAUGCUCUUCACAUACCCCUGGCGUGUGGCGAGUGACCUGGGUUACGGUGGCUUACAGUUAAAGCUCAUAGUUUGCCGCUACACUGCUGUACUUUUCUACCUGAGCAUGUACACUGGAAUCAUAUUUAUGAGCCUUAUCAGCUUGGAACGUUAUUUUAAAAUUGUCCGCAGCAUGUCGAGCGUAUCGGCUUUUCUACAGCGUGUCACGGUGGGAAAAGCUCUGGCGCUCUUAGCAUGGAGUGUUAUGAUCAUCUGGAUUUUGCCAAACUCCAUAUUAACCAACCAGCCCAUUCCUGAGAAUUAUUCCUGCAUGGCCCUAAAAAGUUCACUGGGUCAACGCUGGCAUGAAGUUUCUGUCCACUUUAAUGUCGGAGUCUUCUGGGUGGCUUUCCUGUUGAUCAUGUUUUGCUACACCUCUAUAGCAUGUCAUGUGUACCGCUCCUACAGAAGGGUGCAACAGGACAGCAGUGAGGCAGGACGACGGUCAAAUCGAAGCAUCUUCAGCUUGCUGGCCGUGUUUUUUAUAUGUUUUGUGCCCUACCACAUUUGUCGUGUGCCCUUCACACUCAGCCAAGUGAACAAUUGUAACACAAACAACUACUUCAUACUCCUCCAGAUUAAGGAGGCCACACUCUUCCUGUCCGCUUUUAAUGUUUGCCUAGAUCCUGUCAUUUACUUCUUAAUGUGCAGAACCUUCAGAAAGUCACUUUUGCAAAAGCUGGCUUCUGUAAAAGUUAAAAACAGAAAGACUGAGAGCAGCAGUAAUCUGUAA